AUCAAUUCACUCAAAUCAAUUCAUUCAAAACAAAUAUAAAUCAUCAUCAUCAUCAUGAAGAACCUUUCUUUGAUUGCUAUCUUUGCUCUUAUUGCUACUUCUAUGGCUGCUCCUUCUCGACGAUCUACUGGCCAAGACUGUGAACAAGCUACUGCUGCUACUUGUAGUAAUGAUUAUCAAGUCACUAAAGAUUGUUGCGCUGCUACUCAAGGCAGACCUAUCUUCUUCAAUGAAGCAUCUCACGAAUGUCAAAAUAUCUUUGGUAACGGUAUCAAUUGGGAUAAGUUUGCUGCUUGUUGUACUUCCCGUGGAACAACUGGUCAAUGUUAAAUAGUUUAGAUGAUUCUUUUAAAAUAAGCGUUGUAUUAUAUCAAAUAAAAAAUUGUACCUUUUUUUGAUUUUUUUAUGUUA